ACAGAGGAAGUAAGGGGGGAAAAGAAAAGAAGGAAAAAAGCGCCGGGGGAGAGAUCGACGGCAAACGGCAAAAUGGGGAAGGAGCUGACGGAGGAGCAGGUGGCGUCGAUGCGGGAGGCGUUCUCCCUCUUCGACACCGACGGCGACGGCCGGAUCGCGCCGUCGGAGCUGGGGAUCCUGAUGCGUUCCCUCGGUGGGAACCCGACCCAGGCCCAGCUCAAGGAGAUCGUGGCCACGGAGAACCUGACCGCCCCCUUCGACUUACCCCGCUUCCUCGACCUCAUGCGCGCCCACCUCCGCCCCGAGCCCUUCGACGCCAAGCUCCGCGACGCCUUCCGCGUCCUCGACAAGAACGCCACCGGCGCCGUCGCCGUCGCCGACCUCCGCCACGUCCUCACCACCAUCGGCGAGAAGCUCGACCCCGAUGAGUUCGACGAAUGGAUCCGCGAGCUCGGCGUCCCCCCCGACGGUACCAUCCGCUACGAGGAAUUCAUCCCCCGCAUGGUUGCCAAAUACCCUCCCUCCGCCGCACCCGCUGCCGCCGCAACCACCGCCGCCAUGGGUCGUAUGCACAGUCACGGGAAGGGUAUCUCAUCGUCGGCGUUGCCGUACAAGAGGACUCCGCCGAGCUGGCUCAAGAUCUCCGCGCAGGACGUGGAGGAGAACAUCUGCAAGUUUGCAAAGAAGGGACUGACGCCGUCGCAGAUUGGUGUUAUUCUCCGUGAUUCUCACGGUAUUGCCCAGGUGAAAAGUGUCACCGGGAGCAAGAUUCUCAGGAUUCUUAAGGCUCAUGCGCUUGCACCAGAGAUUCCGGAGGAUUUGUACCAUUUGAUUAAGAAGGCGGUGGCGAUCAGGAAGCACUUGGAGAGGAACAGGAAGGACAAGGACUCCAAGUUCAGGUUGAUUCUUGUGGAGAGCAGGAUCCACCGCCUGGCUCGUUACUACAAGAGGACCAAAAAGCUCCCUCCUGUAUGGAAAUAUGAAUCCACCACCGCCAGCACUCUUGUGGCGUAGGCUUUAAUCUCUGCAGCCUCAUGGAUGCUUAUGCUUUGCUAGAGGGAGAAAAAUUUGUCUUUGUUUUUGCCAAAAUAUGACAGCCUUAUCUAUGCUCUAAAUUAGUGGACAUUAUUUUUGUUUUUAAUCUGUUUGUUCUUGGAUAAGUAAUGGUUGGAUAUUUAAUUAUUUUGGAACA